AUGGUGAACAGACCCGAUCGUCGAACUGAUAACACCCAAAUCCGUGCAUUCUCUGCCUCUCAGAACAUUUUGAAUAGAGCUGAUGGAUCUGCCAAGUUUAACUUUGGUAUGUAUAUUCAUUCAUUCAGUGAUACUUCAGUUAUAUGUUCAGUCUCAGGCCCAAUCGACGUUCAAAUUCGCGAUGAAAAGCUAGACGAAUCCACAAUUGAGGUUAUCGUUCGACCUGUCAAAGGUGUCGCUGCAACGAAAGAGAAACUCAUUGAGACUAUAUUACGCACUACUUUUGAGCCUAUUAUACUAGGCGGCAUGAUGCCACGUACACUGAUUCAAAUCGUUGUACAAAUUUUGAAGGAUGAUGGUUGCAUAUUGGCAGCGGCUGUUAAUGCCAUUUCUUUAGCAUUAUUGGAUGCUGGUAUACCCUUAAAGCAUAUGGCAGCAGCUAUUACUGUGAUGGUAGAUGGAAGAUCGGGAGAAUUAGUAUUAGACCCCACUUUAGAAGAAUUACAGAAUGCUAAAUCAGUGCACACUUUCGCGUUCAAUAACAUACAAACGAAAGCAUACAUUCUGUUAUCAAAUUCAGACGGUAUAUUUAACGAGGAGGAAUAUUUUAACUGUCAUGAUUUAUCGGUUGACGCUGCGGAUAAAGUACAAUCAUUUCUACGAAUGGCAGUGGAAUCAAAAAAGAAAAAGGAACUUCAACAGGCGAUGGAGAUGUAA